AUGAGGAUAUCAAUAUUUAUCGCCUUCGUGAUCAACUUUAGCAGUUUCGACUGCCAAAAUGGACCGACAGAAUUAUCCCGGCUCAAUUUCUUCGACAUCGACCUACUCAAAUAUACUGCGGAAGAUCGCCCUGGCAACGUAAUAAUCUCUCCAGCCAGUAUCAAGUCCACUCUGGCGAUGAUUCUCGAAGGUGCUGCUGGCAACACUGAAGACGAAAUUAGGAGUGCUUUACGUUUGUCUGCUUAUAAGGACGAAUUUAGAGAACAGUUGAACGCGUAUUUAUCGUUGUUACGAGUCAAUACUCCUGGUGUCACCGUAGAAAACGCAAACGCAGUUUUCGUCUCCAACAAAUUGAAAUUGAAGAAAGAAUUUGAGAUGAUGGUGCAAAAGGUCUAUUUAUCAGAUCUCCGGCAGGUCGACUUCUCCUAUCCGUUCAACGUCUCUGAACUUAUCAACAAGUGGGUCUUUGAGAAGACCAAGGGUCUUAUACCUGGGCUUCUUGACGCUGCAAACAUAAGUCCAAAAGCUGAAAUGAUCCUGGCGAACGCUCUUUACUUCAAAGGCAAUUGGGCCAACGCCUUCAACUCCAGAUACACAAGGCCAGGCUGCUUCUACAGAGGAAAUACUUGUAUAAAUGUAGCGAUGAUGGAGUUACACGCUGAAGUCAAAUAUGCUUAUGUGGAUAACUUAAGAGCACACGCUGUAGAAUUGCCUUAUGCUGGUGGUGAGUAUUCCAUGAUCCUUCUUGUUCCCUUGGACCGCGAUGGUAGUGGACAGCUCAUCCGGGAUCUGCCUUACAUGAGUCUGCCUCAGAUAAGUCAACUUCUAGAGCCUGCUGAUAUCAGACUUGUGAUGCCCAAAUUCACUAUUGAUUACACGGAAAAUAUGGCGCUGCCCUUAAGAAAUAUGCGUAUCGAGUCCCUAUUCACCAAAAACGCCAACCUUUCUGGCAUUUACGAUGGCGCCUCUUCCCAAGUAGACAACAUAAUCCACAAAGUCCACAUGUCUGUUGAUGAGAAGGGGACAGUGGCAGCUGCAUCAUCAGUCGCGAUGGUGAUACCACUUAUCGGUGCUGAUCUCCAAGUCCGUGUGGACAGGCCUUUCGUUUUCUUCAUUAGGAGUAAUAAAAUGGGGCUCGUGUUGUUCGAAGGAAGAAUUGACCAGCCUAAUCCAGUUGAGAACUAUGUUGAGCCUGCGAAAAUUGUAAAAAAUGGCAACCCCAAUAGACGGCUUUCCAACCCUUACUUUUAG